AUGUGCGAGUGCAGUGCGAGUGCGAGUGCAGUGCGUCUUUUUGUUGACAAACAUGGAGGUUUUGGGAACUUGUUCUGUACAGCUUUUUGCCCCACCCUUUUCUGUGCUGAGAUAACGGGCAUCGAGCUCCACUCCUUAUACUAUGUUUACACAGCCCUGUCUCACUCAAUCCCUGCGCCCGGCAUCUUCGAGUUCAUCGCCAUGGGACUACUCGACGACAGGAAGAUCGACUAUUAUAACAGCGCACAGAAAAUCAAAGUCCCUCAACAGGACUGGAUGAAAGAAAAGCUCCCUCGCGACUACUGGGAGAAAGGCACUCAGUCUCGCAAGAGUAAGGAGCAGUGGUUUAAGGUUAACUUGCACAUUUUAAUGGAGCGCAUGAGACAGAACUCAUCAGAUCUCCACACUCUAAUGUGGAGACACGGCUGCAAAGCUGUCAGACAACCGGACGGCUCCUUUCAGUUCGUUGAAGGUGUUGACGAAUACAGCUAUGACGGCGCGGACUUCCUCUCCUUUGAUGAUAAGACAAUGACGUGGGUGGCACCUGUCCCAGCCGCCCUACAAACAAAACUCAAGUGGGAUAGUGUGCCCAUCCUUAACCAAUACACCAGGGACUACCUGGAGAAGGAGUGUGUGGAGUGGUUGAGUACUUUUGUGAAAUAUGGAAACCUAGAACUCCAGAGAAAGCUGAGCGAGCACAAUCCAAGGCUGCACCUUUUUGCUACUAGGUUGUGUGUACUUUUCUAA